UGGGUCGAGCGUGGGAGGGAGAACGGAAAGGAAGUGAGGUAGUCCGGAGUCAGCGCGGGAAUUGGCAGUUACAGGGAGGGGCUUGGACCCGCAGUGCUUAUCGCCAUUUGAGUAGGGGCUGAUCUGGUUGUUGCUGAUUGCUGAGGUUGGUUGCUGCGGUGAUUCCUGUUAAUUUCCUUAGAGGGAAGUGGAUGUGCAGUGUCAUGAAAUGGAGGGUCGGGAUUUUAUCAACGGAGACGACUUUGGCAAGACAUUAUGAUUCCUUCCUUAUUGAUUUCAAGGUUUGCCUGAAUCCAUCAUUGCAGCUGCAUGUUCAAGAAGUGGCCGGAGAGUUCUGCAUGUUGAUUCAAGAAGCUACUAUGGAGGAAACUGGGCCAGUUUUAGCUUUUCAGGACUAUUGUCCUGGCUAAAGGAACACCAGGAAAACAGUGACAUUGAAAAUGACAGUCCAGUGUGGCAAGACCAGAUCCUUGAAAAUGAAGAAGCCGUUGCUCUUAGCAGGAAGGACAAAACUAUUCAACAUGUGGAAGUAUUUUGUUAUGCCAGUCAGGAUUUGCAUGAAGAUGUAGAAGAGACUGGUGCACUGCAGAAAAAUCAUGCUCUUGUGACAUCUGCAAACUCCACAGAAGCUGCAGAUUCUGCCUUCCUACCUAUGGAGGAUGAGUCAUUAAGCACUAUGAACUGUGAAAUGCUCACAGAACAAACUCCAAGCAGUGAUCCAGAGAAUGCGCUAGAAGUAAAUGGUGCUGAAGUGACAGGGGAAAAAGAAAACCAUUGUGAUGAUAAAACUUGUGUGCCAUCAACUUCAGCAGAAGACGUGAGUGAAAAUGUGCCUAUAGCAGAAGAUACCACAGAACAACCAAAGAAAAACAGAAUUACUUACUCGCAAAUUAUUAAAGAAGGCAGGAGAUUUAAUAUUGAUUUAGUAUCAAAGCUGCUGUAUUCUCGAGGAUUGCUAAUUGAUCUUCUAAUCAAAUCUAAUGUUAGUCGAUAUGCAGAGUUUAAAAAUAUUACCAGGAUUCUUGCAUUUCGAGAAGGACGAGUGGAACAGGUUCCUUGUUCCAGAGCAGAUGUCUUUAAUAGCAAACAACUUACUAUGGUAGAAAAACGAAUGCUAAUGAAAUUUCUUACAUUUUGUAUGGAAUAUGAGAAAUAUCCUGAUGAAUAUAAAGGAUAUGAAGAUACUACAUUUUAUGAAUAUUUAAAAACUCAAAAAUUAACCCCCAACCUCCAAUAUAUUGUCCUGCAUUCAAUUGCAAUGACAUCAGAGACAGCCAGCAGUACCAUAGAUGGUCUCAAAGCUACCAGAAACUUUCUUCACUGUCUUGGGCGAUAUGGCAACACUCCAUUUUUGUUUCCUUUGUAUGGCCAAGGAGAACUCCCCCAGUGUUUCUGCAGGAUGUGUGCAGUGUUUGGUGGAAUUUAUUGUCUUCGCCAUUCAGUACAGUGCCUUGUAGUGGACAAAGAAUCCAGAAAAUGUAAAGCAAUUAUAGAUCAGUUUGGUCAGAGAAUUAUCUCUGAGCAUUUCCUCGUGGAGGACAGUUACUUUUCUGAGAACAUGUGCUCACGUGUGCAGUACAGGCAGAUCUCCAGGGCAGUGCUGAUUACAGAUAGAUCUGUCCUAAAAACAGAUUCAGAUCAACAGAUUUCCAUUUUGACAGUGCCAGCAGAGGAACCAGGAAUGUUUGCUGUUCGGGUCAUUGAGUUAUGUUCUUCAACGAUGACCUGCAUGAAGGGCACCUAUUUGGUUCAUUUGACUUGCACAUCUUCUAAAACAGCAAGAGAAGAUUUAGAACCAGUUGUGCAGAAGUUGUUUAUUCCAUAUACUGAAAUGGAGAUAGAAAAUGAACAAGUAGAAAAGCCAAGAAUUCUGUGGGCGCUUUACUUCAAUAUGAGAGAUUCGUCAGACAUCAGCAGGAGCUGUUACAAAGAUUUACCAUCCAACGUGUAUGUCUGCUCUGGCCCAGAUUGUGGUUUAGGAAAUGAUAAUGCAGUCAAACAGGCUGAAACACUUUUCCAGGAAAUCUGCCCCAGUGAAGAUUUCUGUCCCCCUCCACCAAAUCCUGAAGACAUUGUCCUUGAUGGAGACGGUUUACAGCCAGAGGCUUCAGAAUCCAGUGCCAUACCAGAGCCUAACUCAGAGACUUUGAAGGAAAGCACAAACCUUGGAAACCUAGAGGAGUCCUCUGAAUAAUGGAUAUACACCGAACUGGAUACCCAACUUUGGAAAUUUCUACUGGUCUCAGAGUCUACUUGAUAGAAGGACUGUUUGAAAAAUGUUAGAAAGCAGCAACAAUUAUAAGGCAAAAUAAGUAAUAGAAAUCCAAAAGGGGAUUUUCCUUAUAGAGGACGUUACAAGAACACACAACACUUACAAAGCACAUUGACUUGCUCAUUUUGAAUACCAAACUUGUGUGACUAGCAGAUGAAAAUUAUAAAUCAAUUGAUUCUCAGGAAUGUAACUGUGGAUAUGAAAGUGAUCCUAUGCAUUGUUAAUAAUUCCAUGGUCUUAGGACAAUUUUGCUUACCACUAUGGAUCUUUAUUUGAAAGCCACAUUUUCAGAACCAGCUCACAUAUUUUCUUUGGUUAUUUGGAUUAUAUUUUCUUUAUGGACAAGAGCAUCAUAACAUAAUGAUAAAAACAUAUAGAAAAACUAAAGUAUCAUGAUCUAGAUAGAAGCCUGUAUUUAGAAUACAGGUUUGUUUUGUUUUGUUUUGCUUUCUAUGUUGAGAAGCAUUGAAAAUGCUAAUACAAAGGUGUUUAGACAUUGUUAAGAACAAGUCAGUAGUGUUUUUUAGUAUCAGUAGUGAUAUUUGUUUGUAAAUUAUUUACAUAUUGGGAAAGGUCAAUAAUGAAGAAGUGAAAGAAUGGAAGGAAAGGUGUGGAUAGGCUCAUUGAUAUUUGGAUGUUCUGUCUGUCAAAUAACUAGAGUAUUAGGCUAAUUGUCUACAGACCUAAUUUAAUCCUGGCUGUACUUCUGAUGAUAUGUGGUAAAUUGUUUAACUUCUGAGCCUACGUUUCUCCAUAUAUAAAGUGGAAAUAGUAUUACUAUGCCUACUGUAUGAGAAUGGUUAUGAAGACCAAUGCAAUGCCAUGUUUAGAAUGGGUUUGCCAGAAGAAAAUCGUUUUAGAAUUUUCCCAUUGACUUGAUGAAUCUCAGAAGUCUCAUGCAGGAAAUAAUUGCUUGUUGUCAGUCAACAAACGAAAUAGAUCACAGCAUUUUUAUUGCAUUAAGCUUUUUAAAUGAAAAUUUCUUUUUAAAUUCUUACUUACAUAAAUUCUUACAUAAGUAUUUUAUAUUCUUACAUACAGACCAGUAAAAAUAGUAACAAGUAGAAUUGUGGUUUUGAAAUAUUACUAAGGAAAACACUCUAUAAAUUGUUAAUAUUCCUUUUCUGGUAGGUAAACCUGCAACCACCAAGGGCUCCAAAUUGUGUAUGACAGUUGGCAAGCCCUAAAAUACACUCUACAUAAAAAUGUUAGGGUUGCCUGUAAUCCCAGCACUUCGGGAGGCUGAGACGGGCAGAUCACUUGAGGUCAGGAGUUUAAGACCAGCCUGGCCAACAUGACGAAACCCCAUCUCUACUAAAAAUACAAAAUUUUAGCUGGGUGUGAUGGCGGGCACCUGUAAUCUCAACUACUUUGGAGGCUGAGAUAGGAGACUCACUUGAACCAGGGAGGCGGAGGUUGCAGUGAGCCAAGAUUGUGCCACUGCACUCCAGCCUGGGUGACAGAGCAAGACUCUGUCUCAAAAAAAAAAGAAGUUAGGGCUGUACAUAGGCAGCAAACCAAGCUACAGUGACGUUGCCUGUAUUUAAAUUUUCUCAAAUGGCCAAGCUCUGAUGGUCUACUUUAUUUGAGUAAUAGUUUAGACUUACAAUUGCCUGUAAAUAAACAAAAAAAUGCACUCUUAGUUUUUUUGUUUUUUUGGUUUUUUUCCCGCAAGAUCUGGCCUAUAUUGUCUGUCAGGAAGCCAUGGCUCCAAUGUAAAGUACAUAGUUCUUACAUACUUCAACUGCAGCUGGUCCCUGACCUCACCAGGUUUCAGAGAUGUUCUUAAAGGAAGCCAGCUGUGACAGGUCACAGAUUCAUGGGAAAUGGAAAGAACCAAGGAACGUAGCUCUUGCCUCACCUUUCUACCCACUGCAGAUGUAGUUCAAGCCAGAAUAAUGGAAGAACUUAACUUACUAGCCUCUCAGGCUGCUCCUAUCCCUACCUCCCAGUGUACAGCCCCUCCCCAUCUCUUUAGUCCCCUUUCCUUCGCUUCCCCUUUUAUAAUGUCACAUAAAUCAGGGACAGUAGGAUCACAUUAUAACCUACUUUGUCACAGGGAUUCGAUUUUUCUUACAUCAAAUCAUGUUUCCUGAAACCCAGCUGGGGCGUAUGCACUCAAUGUCUAAUACAUACCUAUUAAUGUACCGGGUAUUGGCCUUGCCCCUGGAUGUCAGCAAUAUAUUAUAAAAGGUUCCAGUAGAUGAGACGAUUGAGUCUGAGUACAAUUGCAGUAAAUUCUGCCAAUAAAGAUAUUGUACUGUUACGGUCUUAGAGUUAAGGCCACUUGAAUGCAGUAUGCACAUUCAUGUAAACAGACAAUCAGGGUAGGCCUAGAAUAACCACAAAAAUUCUAUUGGCCUUACUACAGCCGCCUAUGUGUAGAACAGUGGAGGAGAUAGUUUGUGGUCCAUUAUUGUACCCUGUUUCAUCCAUUAGCCAGCAUCAGAAUCUCUCAGGUCAUUUAUUAAAUACGAUUGAAAUGUUUAAAAGUUCCUGAACAUGAUUCGUGAUGAUUAAAAUAUCAUAUGACUGAUAAAAGACUUUAAGAACUUUAGCUAUUACCUGUUACCUCAAAAUGUAACAGAAAUUAUUCUUAGAGCUUUCUUUUUAGCUAUCCUAAUUACUGCAAAUAAAUAUGUGUUCUUAUAGUUUUAAAUCUAAAAGAAAAAUCUUUUGGUUUUGUUUUAAAACCUUAAACUUGAAGUCAUAUUAAUAAAAUUAAUAUAUUGUACAUAGUGGAAAAUUUUCAGUAGCUAAUUUAAAAUUUCAAAAAAUCUAUUAAAGAAUUUUGAUUCAUAUAUUUAAACUUUUUAGUUAUGCAUGCUUCUUAUUAACCAAAAAUGAUAAUACCAUUCAGUUUAGUGAUCAGUAUGAGAACCAAUACCUAAUCCUUAUGUUGCUGUUGUAUUUUUUCCUAGUGGUGUGCCUGCUCAGAAAAACAUAUACUGUAUGUGUAUACAUACCUGUGUAUAUAUAAAAGGUCAAUUUAUAUAUUUUUCUAUAGGAAAAUGGAAUAACAAUUUCCCUACCUCCCAUAAUAUAUAUUUGUCCAUAUUAAAAUAGCCACAUUGAUGAUAAUUUCUAGAACUAGUUUCUGAGAUUGUCAGCCCUUUGUCUAAAAUAAUGGCAGUAUUAAUGAUUGACUUCUGUCACUGCCAUAGUUACCUGGAUUGGCAGCCUUAGUAGCCUUUGUCUAAAAUCCUAAAGAGUUCCCAAAAAAUUUGUUGAAAUUUAAUUGCUAAAUAGUGGUUGGUGAUUCUUUACAUCAGGAAUUGUAAUAAUUUUCUUGCAAAUAAGUUAUUUACUGCUAUUGAUAUUGAAGAAUUCAUCUUUUACUCAGUUAAUUUUAUGUAUUUCAAAAAGCAUGAAUAUAUGAUUAUUCAUAAAUUGUACACUUUAACAGUAAGUUUUCAAAGGAAAUAAAGACUUUUAAAUCCUUUUCA